AUGUUCGACCCUCUCGGCUGGCUGGCCCCAACAACGGUAUUAGCCAAGAUCUUCAUCCAGUCCACCUGGUUGCUAGGUCUUGAUUGGGACGCUCCGCUACCCAGCGACGACGAGAGAAGAUGGCUGCGAUUCCAGAACGAGCUGCCUGCUUUGGAAAACGUGCUCGUACCUCGAUGGCUGGGAGGUUUGACUGAUUCACAGCUGGAAAUCCACGGGUUCGCCGAUGCCUCAGAGCGUGCCUACUCAGCGGUGCUAUACCUGAGGACAGAAACAAAGGGUCUUAUUAAGGUGGCACUCUUAGCUGCAAAAACUAAGGUCGCGCCCUUGAAGCAAGUUUCACUACCUCGGUUGGAGCUGUCGGCCGCCACUCUUCUGGCUCGUCUAGUCGCCCACACCGUACCGAUCAUCGGAGCAGCCAAGGCACCUCUUCACAUGUGGUCUGAUUCCACCGUCACGCUUGGUUGGAUCCGUGGGCAUCCCUCGAUGUGGGCCACCUAUGUAGCUAAUCGAGUCAGCGAGAUCCAGAUGCUGAUCCCGGACGCCCACUGGCAUCACGUACCAGGUCGGGAGAACCCAGCAGACUGUGCUUCCCGGGGACUCUACCCUAGCGAACUGGUUGACCACCCGCUCUGGUGGCAAGGUCCCGCAUGGCUGACAGAGGAGAGCGGUACUUGGACGACGAAUAGCGAGGCGAUGCCAGCGGAGGACCUCCCAGAGAGACGAGCCCGGACCCACAUCGCCGCCGUUACCGAGCUGAAGCCCGAAUCGGAGUUACUGCUGCGCUACUCCUCACUGAAGCGACUGCUACGGAUCUCGGCUUGGUGCCGCCGCUGGUUGCUGAUUCACCGCCAGCACCGCCAUGCGCAAGGCCAGCCUAGCGUGAUCAGCUCCGACGAACUGACGGAGACCCGCAUCUCCUGGGUAAGGUUGAUCCAAUCUAAAACCUUUACAGAAGACAUUAGAAAGCUGCAAAAUGGAGCGACUCUGCCGUCGCGAAGCUCCCUACAGAGGCUGAACCCAUUCCUGGACAGCGAGGGACUUCUACGAGUCGGCGGGCGCCUCAGACACGCAAACCUACCGUACGACGCAACUCACCCGCCAAUACUGCCCAGCGAGUCAGCUUUCACUCUCCUCGUCGUAGAUGAUCACCACCAGCGAACUUUACACGGCGGUACUCAGAUGACCUUGUGCUCCCUGCGCCGGGAGUAUUGGGUCCCUCGAGGUCGGUCGUUGGUGAAGAAACACAUCAGCCGAUGUGUAAGGUGCACAAGAUGGCGAGCCGCCAUCCCACAGCCUCUCAUGGGCGAUCUCCCGGGGCCAAGGGUCACACCAAGCAGGCCAUUUCUGCACACCGGCGUCGACUACGCCGGUCCGGUUUGGCUGAGGACCUCGAAGGGCCGCGGACACAAAGCUACUAAAGGGUUCAUUGUGGUUUUUGUAUGUUUAGCCUCCCGAGCCGUUCACCUCGACGUAGCCUCGGACUACUCCGCCGACGCCUUUAUCGCAGCCUUGCGCCGACUCAUCUCAAGGCGAGGGGUCUGCAUCAGCUUAUACAGCGACUGCGGUACCAACUUCGUGGGUGCUGACAGGCAGCUAAACUCUCUCUUCUCCGCCGCCAGUGCCGACGGACGCCGCAUCGCCUCAUUCGCCGCACAGGAGAGGAUCCAGUGGCAUUUCAACCCACCGGCGGCACCGAACUUCGGCGGCUUGUGGGAAGCCGCGGUUAAAUCGAUGAAGCACCAUCUGCGACGAGUCAUCGGUGAUGCGACCCUCACCUACGAGGAGUUGGCUACGCUCCUCUCGCAGAUAGAGGCUUGCCUCAAUUCACGACCGCUGCAGUCCUUGUCCGAUGAUCCUGAGGACGUCGCAGCUCUCACACCGGGGCACUUCUUGAUCGGUUCCGCUCUCUCCGCAGUACCGGAGCCGUCGCUCGAACGAGAGCCGUCGACCCGACUAUCACGCUGGCAGCUCCUGCAACAGAUGAGGGACCAUUUCUGGUCUCGGUGGUCCAGCGAAUACUUACAUACGCUGGCCCAUCGGCCAAAAUGGUCCCAAGUCAACCAGGAGGCUCACGUCGGGCGUCUGUGUCUACUCCGCAGCGAAACCACCCCACCAACGCGGUGGCCGCUCGCGCGCAUCACUCGGCUGCAUCCCGGAUCCGACGGCCACGUGCGCGUCGUCGAUAUACGUACCGCGAGUACGAGUUUAACGCGCCCCGUCAGUAAACUUGUGUUCCUGGGCGGCGACCACGAAACUUUACGAUAA